UCGCAGGCGCCAUUCGAAACAACAAGAACAAAAACAGGUUUUCUACAACAUAACAGAAGAUUUCGAAGGAAAGACUCGAAAAUGGAGCCCAUAUCACAUCUAGUUAAAUCUACAUUGCCCAACUAUCUAUCCAACUUGCCAAUUCCCGACAGUCUUGGUGGCUGGUUCAAGCUAUCUUUCACGGAUUGGCUCGCCCUCAUACCACCAACGGUUGUUGUAGCCGGUAUUGGAUACACCAGUUAUCUAGCCUUCUGCCCUGCCGCCCGAUGUGGUGACAAGAAUUCGGGCCUCUGCAACAACGUAAUACGCAAAAAUGAGGCCAAAGUGGUGACCAUGGUCGAUGUGGAGGAUAUUGCGGAUAAAGCGGCAUUCUGUCGCUGCUGGAAAACCAAGAACUGGCCCUACUGCGAUGGCAGCCAUGCCGAACACAACAAGCAGACUGGCGACAACGUGGGACCCAUUAUUGUCAAGAGGAAGUAAUUCCAGCGGUGCAUCGAUGAUAUUCGCGUUUAGCAUUUCCUUGUUGAAAUUUUCUUCGCCCUUCAAGGGAAGGGGUGGGGAAUUCUUUUGUUCAAAUACUUCAAGCAGACCUGUCGAGCCUCUUGUAAUCGUAAGCAAUACAUAAUUGAUAUUGAAUCCAAUCUAACCAGAAGCCAAUAAAAUUUGCCUAAUCAGA